AGAAGUAGCAGUGACUCAGAAAGCCCAAAAUUUAGACUUGAAACGACUCAUCAGAGAUGACACCCAAUUAGCCGGCAAUUCAUUCUUUUAAUCCCCCGUAUAACUUUCAAUUUUGAAAUUACCCCCAGAUCUGUUCCCCCACUAGAUUCUCCCCCAUUCCCUUUCACAAACACACUCUCACUCACUUCUCUUUUCAAUUUCAUCCAAUUCCACAAUGAGUGACCAAUCAUUUGCAAAUGUUGGAAACUUGGAUCACUGCACCAAGUACUUGAAUCAAACACUCGUGAAUUUCGGAUUCCCCGCUUCUCUCGAUCUUUUCGCUACUGAUCCGGUUUCGAUUGCGCGUACCUGUAACUGUAUGUACUCAUUGCUGCAGCAGAGGCAGCGUGAUAUUGAAUUUCGAGAGUCUGCUAAUGAGCAGAGGCAACGACUUAUGUCAGACAUAUCAAGAUUUGAGGCUAAAAUCGAGAGGCUGGAAGCACAGUUAUCUGCUAAAGAUAGGGAAAUAGCAACUAUCACUAGAACGGAAGCUAAAGCUGCAGCUGCUUUUAAGGCUCAAAUUGAUAAGUUACAACAGGAGAGAGACGAAUUUCAGAGGAUGGUUAUUGGCAAUCAGCAAGCGAGAACUCAACAAAUUCAUGAAAUGAAGAAAAAAGAGAAAGAAUAUGUGAAGCUGCAGGAAAGGUUGAACCAAGUAGUGAUGGAGAAAAAGAAGGAAUCUAGAUCAGGCAUGGAAAUAAUGAAUCUACUUCAGAAAGAAGGGCGGCAACGUGGGACUUGGAAUGGAAAGAAGGCUGACAAUGACUUUUAUAAGAAAAUUGUGGAUGCUUAUGAGUCAAAAAAUCAAGAAUUAGUUGCCGAAAAUGCUGAUUUGAGGGCAUUAUUACGGUCAAUGCAGGGGGACAUGCGUGACUUCUUAAAUGCUCCAAAUGGGUCCUCCAAACAAUCUUUGCCUGUCAAUGAGAGGCUAGAGUCAGAUUCUUCACAUUCACCAUUGGGUGGGAAAACGGAUGUUUUUGACCUGCCUUUUCACAUGGGAAGAGAUCAAAUUGAAGAAAGUCUGCGUGCCAAGAUUGCCUUCAUAAAGGAGCGCAUGGUUGAACUACAAGAUGCACAAAAAGAAGCUGAUGUCACCUCUGAAGCCACUGAGAGAGAGCUUGAGCUGGAGGCGCAACUUGUUGAGGCCAGGAGCAUUAUUCAAGAACAGGCAUCCAUUAUGUCUAAACAUGUUGCCAAGUCUGAGAGGCCAAGGAGACUAAGUGGGCUUCUUGAAUCUGAAAGGGAUCCAAUCAUUUCAUCACCUACUGAGGGUAUGAACUAAUCAGGCGGGAUAACGUAUUGGAUGCCAAAUACAUUGCCAAUCGAGAUUGACAUGAACUGAAUCUAUGUUGUGGCAUGAUCAAGUAUCAGCAGACUUGCAUGUAAAAUUUUCAUUUGUUACACUCGUAGUAGAUCAUAAUUUAUACUAGAUCUUUGCGAUGGCUGAUAGGUAAAAAUAGUAUGUAAUGACAACUUAAUGAUCUACAUGGCUAAAUUUAUUAAUUAUUAUUAUGUUAGUUUUACGCCAAA